CAGCCCAGCUCUACAGACAACUGCCCUGAUUGUGGCUUCGCGUUCUGCGCAGUCUGCCACAGAUUCCGAGAUGGCCCUGCGGAGUCUUGCGAAUCAUGGGCGAUUCGUAAGAACAAGGGUAAGCUGUCGAAGGCGUACGUCGAGGAGACGGCUCCAUCCCCGACAUGCAUGGCGUGGUGUCGCAAGACCGGCGAUUGCGCUUACAUAAAUUUGCGCCGUGUGCGGACAGCGCUUGCCUAUGGUUGCGGGCGAAAACUGCAAGAUUGUCGCCGUCGAGGGGAGUGCAAGAGGCCACAGCUUUAGAACAUUGCGGGAGAGAAUGACGAGAAUGGAGCGCAGAGAAUGUAGUAGAGGUGAGCAAGGAGGAAUGACGUCAGAUUGCUCAACAUACCAGUGCUUGUUCCCAUCAACCCCAACUUCAACGUUCAUGCUCAGGUGUGCCAGCCUUGUGGUCAAAAAGUGCAGCUCGUCUUCGAUGCGUUCCGAUAGCCUGCUAUUCUUCUUGAAUCAUCUCUCUUCUUUCGCGUCAUUUGCAAACUUGAAGAAGUGCAUAGAAGCCUUCUUUUUUCCUGUCAUGCUUCCUGGCUUUGAAACAGGGAAACAUUCCAAAUCUUGGAGCCUGGCUUUGACUUCAGCGCUCAGCAAGGAAUGCGCGCCAUCGCCGGCGCAGCUUCGUCCUGCACCAUGCUCUUCAGAUUGGGGACCCUCUAUCGAGACAACCUACCUGAGCUUUUCAGGUAUGUACGGUGGCCCAUCGAACCCACCCGGAUCGUGGGUUCGCCCUAACGAGUACCGAGACCGAACCGGCAAUCGGCAUUGUCUCCAGAGCCGACGGAUUGGCUCGCUUCGGGGCAUAUUUCUCGUCGUGGCUACCUGCCGGUGCUCCUGCCACUAAGCGGACCUUGCCGCCCGUGGCGGACGCGUGUCAGUCGUGCGCGCUGCUCUGCGAACCAUUGCAAAACGUCCGUGCCGAGAAAAGAACAU